AUGUUGGCUCGGAUUGCCUGUUUCUGUCUUUGCCUCUCCUCUGGCGUCGUCCAAAGCCUGAAGGUAGUCUCUGAUCCUGCGACAUUGAGCUACCACAUUGAAGAUACCUUUCGUCAUGUUCUUUUUCGAGGUGGCAACGUUGCGUUUUUCAUGGCUGGCAAAUGGUGCGUCCACAAAAGCAGCGACAACGAAGUAACAGAAACAUCGUCAGCCAAGAACGACCACUGGGAUCUAAAGAUUGGUUCUCGCAAAGAAAUCAACGGGACAGAAACUGCGCUGGGCGCUUUUACAGGUUUGCAGGUAGAAUGGUCUUGUGAACAUGGAAGCUCUGACCCACUAUCAACGACAAAAAUCCUCACGGCCUACAAGAAUUUUCGCUCUGGCAAUGCCGUCUUGUUGGAAGUACAGUGGCCCGAAGGCGCUCUCAACACAACGGUCACUGAUUACAAGUCUGCCAUGACUCGUUAUCCCUCCUUGAUACCAUCAUCCAUUCUGCUUCCGGAUGCGCUCAGUUGGCACGGUUCCUUCACACAAAGUAUCCGUGGAUUUUCCGAGGGCACUCAAGGAGGACCCACUGUUUUUUUUAAUGCUUCGGAUCCUAGCCUGAACACUGUGAUUGUGGGGAGUCCUUGGGGAGGAAAUUGGAAAUCAUUUUCUGCCGGCAACAAUAAUGGACUCUAUUGGGCUCCAGGUACCAGUGGACGCAUCAAAGAGUUGCCGCCUCUUUACAAGCAAUCCAUACUGUUGUUUCAACGAACAAUUGGAAAAGGAGGGGGUAUCACUGGCACCCUUGACCAAUGGGGACAAACGAUGCAACAUGCCAGCAGACAAGCUGGCCCUUGGAAACUACCAGAUAUUACGCUCCAGAAAAUUGGGUACCAGACAGAUAAUGGGGCCAUGUAUUGCUUCUGCCAUGAUCGAAACUGUUCACAGACACUGCUCCAAGAAAUUGACUACUUGAAGUCACAAGGCAUCCCCAUGGGUUACUUGUCGUUUCAGGGAGCAGGGGCGUCAAGUGGGCGUGGCAAAGCAGCACCGUGGUGUGUUGAUACUUGGGGCGUCGAUGGAGGGCUGGCGGAUCAGUAUCCAAUGGACCUCAAGACGUUUCAACGCGCAUUGGGAUUGCCACUCCAACUAUAUGCCCCGUACUUUUGUCCCAACUCUAGCUACUUUCGGGACGACAGCCAAUGGAAACCAGUUCAUUCCGAUCCGGCGCUUCCUGGCUGCAAAGCUUAUGCGUUCGACAAUGUAAAACCAGCGCAAUCGAGAUCAUUUUACGAUUGGUUCAUGGCAAAGGGAGUUGACAGGGCAGGCAUGGUCAGCUUUGAAUCUGACUUUAUGAAUCAAAACUACAACUGUGUACCGGACUUUGUGCAACAUGCCACUGCAGCGCAAACAUGGCAACAAGGCAUGGCAGGAGCGGCCUUGGCAAAGAACAUUACAAUCCAGUGGUGUUAUGCGCUGCCCACAGAUAUUUUGGCAAGUCUCGACAUGCCAGCCGUCACCAACUUUCGAGUGUCAUUUGACUUUUGCUAUGGCAGGAGUUGGGAUAUUGGCGAAUCCUCUCUGCUGGUAUGGGCUCUGGGAUCGGCUCCGAGCAAAGACACCCUUUGGUCCACGGACAAUAACAGAACGGCCAUUCCCGGCUGCCCGUGGACGGCGGAUCACGAACAAUCUGCAGCUGAGCUCCAUGUCGUGUUGGCAUUGAUGAGCAAUGGUCCCGUGGGGCUCUCGGAUGCUAUUGGACAAACCAAUGCCAAACUCCUCAAGCGGAUCAUUACGAAGGAUGGCACGCUCUUGAAACCAUCCAAGCCACUCACCGCAGUCGACUCGACUUUUUUGAAGCAAAGUCAUCCAAGAAUCUUGGCUGCUCCAUCCUCCAAAGAUGGUGGCUACGUGUAUGGUACUGCGGGUUUGGUCUAUUCAUGGUACUUUGUUUCUUUCUUGCUUCCGAGCGCCUUCUCCGUCAGGAUGCGAGACUUUUGGCCUCCAAUCAAAAAGCAGUACAGCUAUAGAUUUGUGGCACGCCGUCGCCUCGGAGACCACCAGGCAGAAUGCGAGAAUGGCAAAGAUGCAAUCUUGAGUGGUUGCGUUACGUUUGUACCAUUGCCGUCAGAGGAUGACUUGUCCGCAAUAGUCUUUGAAGCUCCUGCGAUGCUUGACGACAACACACAAGGCCAGUUCACGCCAACGGUUACGGCUAUUUGGCAGCCUUGUCCACAGAGUGGCUGGAUCAUGCUUGGAGAGCUAGGCAAGUAUGUGCCUGUGUCUCCUGUGAGAUUCAGAAAGGUACAAUGCACGAGCUCGGGUGUUUCAGUCUCGGUGUCCGGUGCACCAGGAGAAACUGUGAUCUUGACUGCCCUUCGCCCAUCAGAGGCGGCGACGCUUGAAGGGUCUUUAGAAGUAAGAAUACGGGGAGGAAACAAGAAGAGAUUGCGCUACAUGGUUGUCAAAAAGAAGGUUACUGUUCCGACAAGCCCUGUGGAGUCGACGAUACUAGUAGUAGACUUCGUGGCAUCUGAAGAUCAGUUGCAAAGUGUAGGUCGAUAG